GCCAUCCUGUUCUCCUCUCGCAUUUUCGUUCUGUCUUUUUCCUCUUUCAUAACUCGAGGCCAGCCGCUGGACCUCGACUCUCCAAGCACAACAAUGGACCCAUCACUUCAGAAGCUACUGGCAACAGGUGGCAACACAGUCCUUGUCUUCGGUCCGCAAGUGGCGGUGUUCGAUUCAAAAUUCAUUGAACACGUUCGCGCUGGCCUGGCGGAAGGGCCAGACUUUCUGCGACACACGAUAUCCAGCCUCCCCGAGUAUUGGGAUGGACUGGUCGCAGAGCUCCCGGAGAUCGAACAAACCAUUCCCGGGAAAGAGCACGUUCAAACCCUCAUACACUGCUUAGAACAUGGGCUGGAUCAGGAGAUACGGCGAGCGCCGAAUAUGAUCGUUUCCCCGAUUGCCGUUAUAGAAGAAUUCCUGCAAUAUUGGCGGUUUCUGCAGAUGAUUCACGGUAAUGAAGGAGAGGCGACCUCCGACGGAAAGACCGACCUGCAGGCCUGGUGGCUCGCCCGCCAACAGAACAGCAAGACAGCCACCUUGGGCUUCUGCGGGGGGCUCUUCGCGUCAUUUGCCGUGGCCUCCUCUCAUACCUGGGAGGAGCUCGAACAGAAUGUCGCGGCUAUGGUGCGGUUGAGCAUGGUGACCAGCGCAAUGGUGGAUGCCUACGAGGUGUGGGAUGGACGUUCAGAGUCGUUCGCUGCCAUCUGUCGCCAAGAACAACAGGGGGAACAGAUGCGCGGCAUCCUGGAAGAACUCGCAUCGGAUGCUCAUGUCCAGGCAACCUUUGACGUCGGGUGCGCCACGCUGUGUGUGUCUCAGGAGCAGGCGCCCGUCUUGCUCGACCGACUGCGUGCGGUAGGCGUCAAGACCUCCCGAUUGGGCAUUCAUGGUCGUGCCCAUCACCCUGGCGAUCAAGGUCGUCGCAGUGUCGCCGUCCUCACCAAGCUUUGCGAGUCUAUGCCGGGCCUCCGGCUGCCGGAUGCCUCCCAGGUCUCCAUGCCGACUUACAACGGGGCAACUCCCAUCUCCGAGGGCGGUUUGCAUGAGAUGGCCGUCCGUGGCAUCCUGUCCCAGCCAUGCCAUUGGUAUCGCACAUUUAUGGCGGUCCAUGCCCAGCUCGAUACACCGCUUGUAGUUUCUUUUGGCGAGGAGUGUGUGCCCAGAUCCAUGGUGUCCGGGAUCCGUUCCACGUUCUUGAGCAUGAAGGCUUUACAGCGAGCAAAGAGCACUUCUAACGCAGAAAUCCCUUCAUUCGAGACGGUAGCAAUCGUGGGAAUGGCAAUCAAGACCGCGGGCGCGGACGACAUCGAUGAGUUCGCGUCCCUACUGCGCAGCGGGCAAUCGCAGCACGAGAGAGUGCGAGCCGAGCGGAUCCCACUUGACACGAGUCGGGAAUGGUACGCCAACAUGAUGCAAGACACAGACGCAUUCGAUCACAAGUUCUUCAAGCGUAGCCCGCGCGAGUCGGCGACGAUCGACCCACAGCAGCGCCUGUUCUUGCAGACGGUGUACCAGGCGCUAGAAGAUGCGGGAUACUUCGCGACGAAGACACGGACAGGGUCGUCGCCUUCAAAUGUGGGGGUCUUUGCUGGAUCGACGAUGAACGACUAUGAGCAUCACACGGUGGGACAUAGUCCUGGCGCGUUCACAGGGACGGCCACGAAGAGCUAUAUUCCUGCGCGAGUGGCCCAUUUCUUUGGCUGGACGGGUCCGACAAUCGUGUAUGACACGACAUGUUCCUCGUCCAUGGUAGCUCUACAUGCUGCGUGCCGGAGCCUUCUGUCGGGGGAAUGCGCCGCCGCGGUGGCUGGCGGUGUUAAUAUCAUGACACACCCGCAUACCUUCCGCGCUCUCGCAGCCGGAAAUUUCAUCAGUCCAACCGGUCAGUGCAAGCCGUUCGAUCAAGCGGCGGACGGCUACUGUCGGGCUGAGGCCGUUGGCUGCGUCUAUCUGAAGCGCAUGUCAGACGCAGUGCGCGACGGGGAUCGAGUUAUCGGUGCCAUCUCCAGCACGGCCGUCUUGCAGAAUCUGAACACUACUCCUUUCUUUGUUCCGAACUCCCCGUCUCUCUCGCAACUUUUGUCGACAAUCCUAGACCAAGCAAAGAUGGAUCCAGCCGCGAUCUCCGUCAUGGAAGCCCAUGGGACAGGCACAACAGUGGGCGAUGCGGCCGAGUAUGAAAGUAUCCGACAGGUGGUGGCAGGCCCUAAGCGCGCACGGCCUCUAAUCCUCGGUUCGGUCAAGGGACAUGUGGGCCAUGCGGAGGGUACCUCGGGCGUGGUAUCCUUGAUCAAGAUCCUGGCCAUGAUGCAGGAGAACUUUAUCCCUCCCCAAGCCAGCUUCUCCACCCUAUCGUCUCAUCUCAACGCCACCCCGACGGAUAUGAUCGAGGUGUCCACUGCACUGCGAAAAUGGCCCAGUGGAUCUCGAGCAGCAGUCAUUAGUAACUACGGAGCAACCGGCUCGAUUGCUGCCAUGGUGGUCACGAAACCCCCCCCAAGAAGCGAGGUUUCCUCUCUCGAACAUUCACACGCAGGGAAUCUCGUGCCCUUGUGGAUUGCUGGUUUGGAUGAGCGCAGCAUCAGCGCAUAUUGUGUUCGACUCUUGAGAUAUCUUCAAUCGCACCCAACUGCCGCCUUAUCGGAUAUUGCAUUCAACGUCAACCAGUCGUCCAACCGGGCCUUGCCCCAAAGAGCCCUCCUCUGUUGUCGAUCCAGAAAGGAGCUGGAGGAAAGGCUGGCUCAACUGGCGUCCCGCACUCACACCAAGACAGGCGAAGCCAAUCCACAAAUCACCAUUGCACCAAAGGAGCGCCCACUCAUCCUUUGCUUCGGAGGUCAGGCCGGCCAGUCCAUUGGUCUUGAUCGCACUCUUUACGAGAAUGUCACUCUUCUCCGCGACCAUUUAGAUCAGUGUGAUGUGGCCAUUCAGGCUGCCGGGGCCGGUAGUAUCUAUCCAGGCAUCUUCUCCCGGGAGCCCAUCGCGGACCAAGUUCACCUUCAGGUAAUGCUCUUUGCCAUGCAGUACGCUUGCGCACGCUCCUGGCUUGACACCGGCGUAUUGUCCAGGACUGUCGCGGUAGUAGGCCACAGCUUUGGCGAGAUCACUGCUCUCUGCAUAUCAGGAACUUUGACCCUUCAAGAAACAGUGCAAUUACUGAUUGCCCGGGCAAAGUUGGUGCGCGAUGAGUGGGGUAAUGAUUCUGGAGCCAUGCUCACGAUCAAUGCGGAGGAGUCGACGGUUACUCAGAUUCUCGCCGAAGCAAAUGUCCGCUACACCGGGGCUCACCCAGCUUCCAUUGCAUGCUACAAUGGACCACUUCAGUUCACGUUAGGCGGAUCAUCGGAGGCCAUAGAUGCCGUUCAGGCUGUAUGCGAUGAGCAACAGCCAACGAUUAAAACAAGGCGGCUUGCGGUGACCAAUGCUUUCCACACCUCACUGGUUGAUCCUCUUUGCAAUCGGCUGGCAGAACUCAACCAGCGCGUCUCAUGGAAGAAGCCCGUCAUUCGCCAGGAACGAGCCACAGAGUCUCCAGUCGAUACCCCAUUCCACUUUGCAGAGCAUAUGAGACACCCGGUCUACUUCCGGCAAGCCAUUCAGCGGCUGGCCGAGGAGCACCCAUCCGCUGUAUGGCUUGAGGCAGGAUCAGCCUCCGGUGUCACCACAAUGGCUAGCGGCACUCUCAAGACUGCCGCAGGGCCUCACUCUUUCCACUCGCUGAACGUGACUGAUGGCCGGGGAGGCUUGGAUGGCCUGGUGACGACUACCAUGUCCCUCUGGACGGAGGGUAUCCCAGUCACGUUCUGGGGUCACCACCCCGUGCAAGCCUCAACAGUCGCGCUACGAUCGCUACCUCCGUAUCAAUUUGAGAAAUCGCGGCACUGGCUCGAACUCAAGCUGCCGCAAGACCUGGCAUCGGCUAGUUCGGGAAGCCCCGAGCGCAAGGAGGCGCAGGGCCUGGCAGACCUGAUCAAAUUUGUUGGUAACCGAGAAGAGACAGACUCUAAGAAUUCGAUCGGCGGGAGCUAUUCACGGCCUUACUUCGCCAUCGACACGAGCGCCCGUCUCUAUUCGGAGUUGCUUAACGGCCAUGUUCUCAACAGGACUACUCCAGUUCUGCCCGUGGGUGUUCAGAUUGGUCUCGCCUUCCAUGCCUUGCUCAGCCUCCGUCCCCAAUGGGUCACUGACCGGAUGCAACCGAUGGUCCAGGACAUGAUCAACCACGCUUUCAUUUGUGAUGAUCCGUCGCGAAAGCUGUGGUUGGAGUUCCACGUCAAAGAUGAGAAGCAGCUGACAUGGGAUUGGGCCAUUGUGAGUACUGAUGGCGCCGAGUUGCCUCAUACUCGGCUCAUGCAUGUGGAGGCACGCAUGCAGAUGUAUCAUCCAUACGAUGUUGCAUACCAAGCCGAGUUUAGGCUCCUGCAGACUCUGGCCAGCUACAAGGAAUGCAGCGCACUGUUCGCACACGCCAACACGAGUAGCGAUGCCGAUGAGGGCGCCGACGAGAUCCAGAUUGCUCAAGGGUCCACCGUGUACCACCUCAUGGACAAGGUUGUCCAGUACGGGGAGCCCUAUCGAUGGCUCAAACGGGUGGUUAGCCGAGGUUCCAGCGCUGCUGGCUGUGUUCGCAAGCGGAAAGUUGACCUGGCCUCUGCUUUCGAUGUCGGGCUAGUUGAUGCGUUCUGUCAAGUAGGGAGCAUCGCCAUCAACUGCAUGAACGAUACCGUGCAUCCGGACGACGUUUGGGUCCACAGGGGAUGCAACCGAUGGAUCCGCUCUCCCAAUGUCAGCACAGUACGAGAGACAUCGCAUGUCCUCGUGCGUCAUCGGCAUAUUUCCGAUCGCCUUCGGGAGAUGGAUGUUUUUGUUUUUGAUCCUACGACUGGUGCUUUGGUGGAGGCAAUGCUGGGGGCGCGGGCUGUACAGUUCCCCAAGGCCGCUCUGAGCGACAUUCUCACUCGGCUUAACGCGGAUCAACCCGUUUCCCAGAGUACUGCGCAAGUGGCCCAUCGUCGUGCCGCCCCAGUCAAAGACCAAGGCCCUCAAGUGGUCGUGCAGUCAGACCAGGAUUCCGCAGCUGAGGGGAGACGCGGGUUUGAGCACACUCUCGAGGAUGUACGGGUGAUGGUCGCCAAGCUGCUGGGAGUCAAUGAGAACGAGGUGGCCCCUCAAUCCCAGUUGGCCGACUUGGGCAUUGACUCUCUGAUGAGUGUUGAGCUGGGCUCCGACAUCGAGACCACUUUCAAAUGCUUGCCUGACGAGGCGGAUAUGAUGGAGGCGACAAGCGUGGAGGAGUUGGCUCUUUGCAUCUGGAACACACUACGCGGAGACGACACGGCAGGAUCCGAAAAAAGCGAGGAAACCCUGAUCGUUGAAAAGGUUGGAGACGGUGAAAAUCCCGGGGAGAUCAUGCAACGCCAGGAAAGAGCCCAGGAGCUUGUCUCCAAGUACACAUCCGGGUUCACGGCGCCUAUUCCUGCGCCGGUCAACGAUUCCCCGGGAGGCGAAUGCAAGAAAUCAGUGGUCAUCGUCACCGGAGGCACGGGUAACUUGGGGUCGCACGUUGCCGCCCUGCUAUCCCAGAGUCCAGCUGUCGAGACCGUUGUGUGCCUCAACCGGCGUGCUCGUGGGGUACCAGCGAUGACUCGACAGCACGACGCCUUUUCCUCGCGCGGCAUUGAGCUAUCCCAAGACGCGUUGGACAAGCUCCGCGUGUUGGAGUCGACCACAACGGACGCACAGCUGGGACUAUUGGAUGAGGACUAUCAGUGGCUCGUAACCAACGGGACAGACAUCAUCCAUUGUGCAUUUCCCCUCAGCCCGACGCAGACCGUGCGCGGACUCGAGCCCCAAUUCCAAGCCAUGCGCCACCUGCUAGACCUCGCGCACAGCAUGGCCUGCCAACCACGCACAGAGCGAUCCUCUCGCGUGGGCUUCCAGAUGAUAUCCUCCGUCAGUGUUGUCGGUUAUUCUGAGGAAACGCCAGUGCGUGAAGAGCUUCGUGGCAUGGAGGGCACCCAAGCGAUGGGCUACUCCGAGGCCAAAUGGGUAUGUGAGCACAUUCUCGAGGCAACCCUGCGGCAAUACCCCGAACACUUCCGGGCCAUGACUGUUCGAAUUGGCCAAAUUGGCGGAUCAACCACCAGCGGCUUCUGGACCUGCGCCGAACAUGUCCCCUUUCUCAUCAAGUCCGCGCAGACGCUGCGCGCAUGGCCUGAUCUCGGGGGCCAUGUCUCGUGGGUCGCCGUCGACCAGAUCGCGACUAUUCUCAUGGAUCUCCUGGCUGUCGGUGUUAAACACGAUGUCCCGACGCCAAACUCCGUCUACCAUAUUGAGCACCCCAUGGCCAGGACCUGGAAGGAGAUGGCACCCGUCAUGGCCGCCGCUCUCAAUAUCCCUGCCUCCCGGAUCAUUCCAGUUAAGGAAUGGGUUGCUCUUGUCCGAAACUCCCCGCUCGAGAGAUCGGAUAAUCCUGCUAUUUUGUUUGCUAGCUUCUUUGAGUCGGCGUAUGAAUCGUUGAUGUGUGGGAGGGUUCUGGAUACGACGUGGACGCAGGCUCAUUCUCCAGCUAUGGCGAAGCUGGAGCCGAUCGGUGAUGAGAUGGUGGGGUUGUAUAUUGAUGCGUGGAAGAAGCUGGGGUUUCUUGGUUCUCAAUAG